CGAGGCAGUUUUUCAUUGGAUGCCUUACUUUAGACAGGUAAAUAAUGACUAUGUUCUAUGUUGAUCUUCAGUAAUAAAUUUAUAUAGAACGCAGAUUAUAAACAUAACUAAGGUAAACUACGACAAAAGUAGGAUAGCAGGAAAGCUAAACUAAAAGCCAAAGAAAAGAGAAAAGGGUAACACUUGACAAAUUAAUAUUCAAAUAAGAAGAACCGUCGAACUAGGAGUAGGAAGUCUAAUCCAGUUGAUCAGUAAGACUUAAAACUAUAGAGUAACUUAAUUUUUUGUACCUAACAUAAGAAUUAAAAAAUGGAGAGAAGAAGUGUUUGUGACACUGUCAAUAGGAUUAUUUUUACAUUAGCUUGUUUUGUACCAUUGGUAUUGGGUGGAUAUCAACAAGAUAGAGUUUUAUUAACAGAUGUUAAAACUUUAACAUUACGACAUGGUCUCAUGACCAAUGCCAGACGAUCAUCCCCAGUACCACAGUUGAAAUGUGUUGGAGGUACUGCAGGUUGUCAUGCGUUUGUACCACAAGUUGUACAGUGUUAUAAUAGAGGUUCUGAUGGAUAUGAUGUACAGUGGGAAUGUAAAACUGAUAUGGAUAAUGAAUAUAGAUUUGGUCAGGUAGAAGUUUCAUGUGAAGGUUAUGAUUAUCCUGAUGAUCCAUUUGUAUUAAAAGGUUCAUGUGGGUUGGAAUAUUCUCUAGAUUUGACAAAAGAAGGCCAUAAAAAACAAGGAAGACAAUCCAAUCAACAUUCUGGUUACCAUAGUAAUCAAUAUCAUGACAACUCUAAUAGUUAUUACAACAGUCACAAGAAAUCGAAAUCUGGAUUUGGAGAUUUGAUAUUUAUUGCUGGUGUUGGGUUGGUCAUCUAUGCCAUCUAUAAAUCAUGUAUAUCAUCUAAUGGUCGACAUGCUGGGCAAGAUCAGUACCCUAGAGAUCAAGGCUAUCCAAGCUCUCAGAGCCCCCCUCCACCAGGCUUUAGACCAGAAUAUAUGCCAGGAAGUGAUAAUUGUCAUGAUGGCUACAGCAACACACAUACAAGAACUAAUGGAAUGGGAGGAUUGGGUGGAAGUGGGUUAGGAGGGGGAUUAGGCGGUGGAGGAGGUGGAUUCUGGACAGGUGCAAUGACCGGUGGAUUACUGGGUUACAUGUUCGGAGGAAGAAAUAAUGGCGGCGGUUACAGACGCGGUUAUGGAACUGGGUAUGGUAACACAGGAUCAUCAUGGUUUGGUUCUGGAUCAACUGGUUCAGGAUGGGGAUCAUCUGGUUCAGGAUUGGGUUCUGGAUCAGGAUCAUCAGGGUUCAGUUCUGGAACACGAUCAGCGUCAGGUUUUGGUGGAACCAAAAGAAGAUAAUUUCAAUGAACAUUAAUUUCUUCAGAUAUUUGAAUAAAUGCACCAGAUUAAGUCAGAAAUUUCAUCUGAGCACAAUGUGACAUUUAUAGAAAUAAUAAACAAAGUAUGAUUUAAUUUGGUGUAUUCAAAAAUUUCAACCCCAAAUCUUGUGAUAUUUAAUUUGGUGUAAUGCGAACCUGUUAAGUAUUUUUUAGGUUUUUAGUUUUUGAAAUGUUACUUUUGUUGUAUAUGCAUGAUAAUUAUGAAAACAAAUCACAAUGUUUUACAAGAAUAUCUAAUAGUCCUAAUCUGAAAUAAGUAGUACUUUCCUAAUACUGUUACAUACUGUUACUUCUCCCAUGAUGUCAACUUUUGGCUGGUUUCCAUAAAUCAUUGUUUUCUGGGGUUGUUUUUGGUCAAGGAAGGGUUUUUUUUAUGUACAAAGCAACAAGAAAGCCGGAACAAAAAGACAAGUAUUAAUCUUUAUGUAUAUAAAACCAAUAGUCCGUAUUCUAAUGGAAAAUAAAUAUAUUUCCGAAAGAGUAAUCAUAUUCAUAGAAUUAUGUCCUGUUCAAUUUUAAAAAAAACAUCCACAGAAAGCAGGAGCAAAAAAAGCAAUUAAGUAUUAAUCUUUAGAUAUAUAAUCAAUAGUCUGCAUUCUAAUGGAAAAAAAGAACAUUUUCGAAAGAAUAAUCAUAUUACAAAGAAUUGUGUCCUGUUCAAUUUGAAAAACUUAUACAGAAAUUUGACUAGUUUGAUUUUGUGUUAUCAAGUACAGAUCUAAGUGUAGUCAUCAUGAUGUAUGUAUAGAAAUUUUUGCGUGUGUUUUUGUCUGAAUUUCUGUUAAUAUUGAAAUCUGGAGAUUACUAUUUGUAAUAAUAUGUUUUAGCCAUAAUUUGUUAUCUAGAUUAUCAAUUCACGAACCAUACUACGCACAUUUAUCAUCUAUAUUCUUAAACUAACAGGAAUCUCCUGUAAUAAACUUGAGAUGAACAAAAAAUGUGAAUAUUUUACUAUAAAUUUACAUGUAUAUAAAUUGCUAGAAUAUUUUUGGUUGAUAAUCUCAGGGUUUGUCAUCCUAGAAUAUAUUUUUUGUUUUGGUAGAAGUGUAUUUAAUACAAACAAUAAAUUGACGUUACUGUAUUAUUAUUUAUAAUAAACGCCUUCCCUAUUGCAAUUAUAGGCUGGUAGUAUUAUUAUUGUUGUCAUUAACAAAAAAUUCAUUUAGGCUUGUUUUAGUUUAUUAAUGAAAUCAUACAGGCUGUUUUUGUUUAAUGAAAUCAUACAGGCUUGUUUUUGUUUAAUGAAAUCAUACAUGCUUGUUUUUGUUUUGUAAAUAACUUUUCAUUUGUUUCAUUGUACAGUAAAUCAUAUAUUUUUAAUAAACCAAUAGAAAAUUGUU